AUGAUAUCUCACACAGAUGAUUUUAGUUCAUUGGAGAAUGAUUUGUAUCCUAAAGCAUCACUCGAAGAAGUGUUUUUCGGAUCUUUAGUGGCUAGUUACUACGGAACAAACGUAGUAUUUUCUAACGGAGAUCAUAAUCUUGCAAUAUUUAUGUUAGCUGGACAUAAGACUACUGCAACUGCUUUGACAAUCGUAUUAUAUUUCUUAGCAACCCACAAGAAUAUUCAAAGCAAAGUUCAUGAGAAAUUAUUACGUGUACUUAGAGAUAAUUUAAUCACGACAACCGAACAACAAAGAGAAUUAAAAUAUCUGAAUAUAGAUUUACACGAAAACUUAAGAUUGUAUUCUCCGAAUUUAUUCAUGAAAGAUUUGAGAUUUGAGAAUGAACAUGAUGAAAAAUGCGAUCAACAUACUUGGCUACCUUUUGAUGGUGGUUCAAGAAAUGUUUAG